AUGGCCAAAAACAAUACCUCACCCAAGACAACGUCGAGAUGCUUGAUGGAGGGCGUCACCACGGUGCAUGAUUUCGAGGUGACCAGUUACGAGUUGCUCGAUGGCAUCGGCCCCGGUAGGUUCGUUCGCUCAUGCAACUUCAGCGUGGCUGGCUACGAAUGGUUUAUCAGUUUCUUCCCGGAUGGGUGGACGUUGGAAUAUGCUGGCUAUGCAUCGGUCUUUCUGGAACGUGUCAUCGAAGGGAAUGAUGCACAUCUGGUGAGGACCAAGUUCACCUUAAACAUUCUGGAGAAAGACGGUGAAGCACAAAUAACAAGCUUUGACGUGAUAGGCAUAGGCCAUGCCUUCUCGCGAGGAAAUUCAUAUCUGGGCUAUCCAAAAUUUGUUGAGAAAUCGAAGCUGAAGUCGUUGUCGCAAGUGAUAAAUGGCUACUUUAUUAUUCGCUGUGUUCUCACCGUGAUAAAAGAACCUCGCACGGAGCUUAGGAUGAAGACUGUUGUUGUUCCGCAGCCGAAUCUGCAUGACCAGCUCUGGCAAAUGUGCAAGGAUGGACAAGGGGCAGAUGUGACAUUCAGUGUAUGUGACCAAUUGUUCAAUGCUCACAGAUGCUUGUUGGCAGCACGGUCACCAGUUUUCAAGGCAGAGCUCUUUGGUCCGAUGAAGGAGAAGGAAACACAGUGCAUCAAAAUUGAUGACAUGGACCCUCAUAUCUUUGAAGCGCUUCUUCACUUUGUAUACACAGAUUUCAUGCUAGAUGAUGGGCACUACAAAGAAGGCAAAGUCGCAAAACUGCAGCAUCUUCUUGUUGCGGCCGAUCGAUAUGGAUUGGAUAGGUUAAAGGUGAUGUGUGAAAGUAAAUUAUGUGAGGGCAUUGACGUGGAGACUGUUGCAACUACAUUGGUUUUAGCAGAGCAACACCACUGCAUGAAUCUCCAGAAGGCUUGCAUCGAGUUCAUGGCUCCCCGCAGUGUGCUACGAGCUGUCAUGGCAACUGAAGGAUUUAAGCAUUUGCUAGCGAGCUCUCCCUUGGUCAUGAAAGAGAUAUUGGACAUGGUGUCCCUUAGUGACUAG